CCGCUAGUUGCGAGGUGAGGAUUCCGUGUCCGAGGGAAAGAAAAGAAAAGAGAGAAGGAAAAGAGGAGGAAAAGGAAAAAAAUAAAAGUUGCAUCGAUGCUGGCGGCUGGUUGGCCCACCUGAGGAAAUAUAAGCCGUUGUGGACUCGAGAGGGAGAGGGACUCGGGGAGAUAAGGAGGGAGUGAGGUAAAGGUCAAGCCGACAGAUGAUGGUUAAUUGACAGAGUAGAUUAUCAAUAGGAAUGGCAACGUAUAGCUCAGUCUAUUUGGGCAUCUGGGGAGUGUUUAUACUUAUUUUAAUUCAAGAAUCAAGACCUGUCAGCUGGGAUGAAUGGUGGACGUACGAUGGUAUUUCAGGUCCUGCCUUUUGGGGUUUGAUAAAUCCAGAGUGGUCUCUAUGUAAUAAAGGGCGUAGACAGUCACCAGUGAAUCUGGAGCCCCAAAGACUUUUGUAUGACCGGAAUCUUCAGCCCCUUCAGCUCGAUAAACACCGAGUCUCCGGUGUCCUAUCGAAUACAGGCCACGGGGUUGUAUUUGCAGUAAACUACAACGACACUCGACAUCCGGUCAACAUCACCGGUGGACCCCUGAGUUAUCGAUAUCAAUUUCACGAAAUUCAUUUGCACUACGGAAUGAGGGACGACAUUGGAAGUGAACACGCGGUGGACGGUUAUAAAUUUCCUGCCGAGAUCCAAAUAUUUGGCUUCAAUUCCGACCUGUACAAUAACUUCUCAGACGCGGUGAACCGACCCCAGGGAAUAGUGGCAGUGUCUCUUCUACUUCAAGUUGGAGAUCUCUCUAACUCUGCAUUGAGAUUCUUCACUGAACAACUCAACCAUAUCCAAUACGCAGGUAAGUCAACUGGAAUUCAGAAUUUUCCUGUGCUAGAACUACUACCCCGCACGAAGCAUUACAUGACGUACGAGGGCUCAACUACAAUGCCAGCCUGUCACGAGACAACAACGUGGAUUAUUCUCAACAAACCAAUAUACAUAACAAAACAGCAGCUCAUCGGACUGAGAACACUAGUACAAGGUGAAGCUGAACAUUCGAAAGGGCCUCUUGGUAAUAAUUACAGACCUACACAAAGCCUCCAUCAUCGCCCAGUGCGAACAAACAUUAAUUUUAACGUAGAGGGCCCCCAGAAAUGUCCGACCGCGUACCGGGAUAUCUACUAUAAAGCAAACAGUUGGGAAUAGCCUGGCUGAACCACGAAAUCUGCUUUCUCCAUUCGAACUCCGCAGUACUACGCUUUUCCACGAUGGGAUUUGGAACAUUGCUGUAUAAAAAAAAAACCCCUUGACAUAUCAAUGCGCGUGACAAACACGUGGUGCAAAACUACCGCCAAAAGUGGAAUAAAAAGUUGAACAAGAAAGAAAAAAAAAACUAAUUAAAGAAGGUAAGAUUAAAAAAUGAUGUUAAAAGAAAGAAAAAAAAAAAUCGCGCCACCGUAAGGUCAAAACUGCUUCGUUGUAAAACUCAUUAGACGUGAAUUGCCAAGUAUGUUUUCAGUAAAGAAACAAACCAACAAGAUGAUGAAGAUAAACAAUUAUAAUUAAUAACAAUGAGAAAAGCAAAACACAGAAACACAUACACCAUAAACUAUAGUUACUCAUAGUUAAGGACUAAAAAUGAAAACUUAUGGUAAGAGUAUAUUAUACAAUUAUAUCGGAUAAACUCAUGAAAGCUAUGACUAUCGUGGCCUGUAUGGGUGAGAUUGCGACUUAUGUAUAAAAAUUUAACAAAAUGUGAGGAAAUGAAAAUUUUAAGAAGGAAACAAAAUAAUCCACACAUUACACGUACGCGCGUGUGCAUAUAUCAUUAUC